AUGCCUGCGCGGUGUUCCGCGGUGGCGGAGCUUGCCGCAGCAGCCAAGUGCUCCAUUCUUUGCCUGCAAGAGACGAAGUUGUCCACCAUCGACAGCUCGCUGGCCAUGGAGAUCGCCGGCCCCUCGAGAAAGAGCUUCAUCUUCUUGCCUGCCUCAGACACGAGGGGCGGCGCGGCCGUUUUUUGGGACGAUUCAGUUGUGGCCCUGACAACCGUGUCCAUCCUCUCCUACUCCAUCACGGCCUCCGUCAAAAUUCUGGAGACGGGCACCACUUUCCUCCUCACCAACGUCUAUGGCCCUUCGACGACCGACGACAAACCCGCUUUUCUGCAAGAAAUGGUGAGCAUCAAACCUGUGGUGGGCACUCCGUGGCUCAUCAUGGGCGACUUCAACUUGAUCUACGAGGCUCGGGACAAGAACAACCUCAACCUCUCCCGCCGGCUCAUGGGUCAAUUCCGCGCUGCCAUCGACGCCACGGAGCUGAUCGAGCUUUGCUGCUCCAACCGACGCUUCUCCUGGUCCAACGAGCGCGUCGACCCCACUCUCGUCUACCUUGAUCGCAUGUUCUAUAAUGCUACUUGGGAUGCCAUCUUCUCCCCUUGUACGGUGCAGGCCCUCUCAUCCUCACACUCUGACCACUGCCCGCUUCUCAUCACCAGCAUCUCCACGCCGCCGCGCAAGGCCCGUUUUCGUUUCGAGAACUUCUGGCCGCGCCACGCGGGCUUCUUUGACGUUGUCAGGAAGGCUUGGGCACCCGGCAUGACCUCCACAAACCCCCUUAUGAGGAUCCGUGUGAAGCUCGGGCGAACUGCAAGGGCGCUGCGUUCUUGGAGCAAAGAACUCUUUGGUGACGCUAGAUUCCAACUUCAUCUCGCCAACGAAAUUAUUCAUCGUUUUGACAUUGCACAAGAGGACCGCACCCUUGGCCCUUUGGAAUUUGAGCUCCGCAAGCUGCUCAAAACUCGGGUGCUUGGCCUAGCUGCCAUUGAGAGAUCUCGCCGACGUCAGGCGGUUUUGGGCACCGCCGAGGCUCCGUCGCUGUCCUUCAACUGGUCGAUCCUGGAUCUGCCGAGUUUAUCCACCGGAGGCCUGGACAACCCUUUCACCUCCAAGGAGAUUUGGGAGGCGAUCAAGGAUUCGCCUGCAGAGAAGGCUCCGGGGCCCGAUGGCUUCACUGGCAUUUUUUACCGCCGCUGUUGGGGCAUAAUCAAGCAGGACAUUCUGGUGGUUUUCCACCACCUCUUCCAUCUGGCUGGUGGGGAUUUCUUCGCGCUCAACCACGCCUUCAUCUGCCUCCUGCCGAAGAAGGACGGCGCCUCCUCGACCAACGACUUCCGUCCAAUCAGUUUGAUUCACUCCAUUGCCAAGCUUUUCGCAAAGGUGCUAGCUCGGCGUCUCUCCAUGGUCAUCAGCGGUUUGAUCUCGCCGGCUCAAAGUGCGUUUCUCAGGACGCGCACGAUCCACGACAACUUUCUGUAUGUCAGAAACCUUGCCCGCUCCCUCAACCGCAAGAAGAAACCGUCCCUCCUCAUCAAAUUGGAUUUUGCAAAGGCUUUUGAUUCGGUAUCCUGGGAGUACCUACUGGAUCUGUUACAGCACCUUGGCUUCUCUCCACGUUGGAGGGAUUGGAUUGCCCUUCUCCUGUCCACGACCACCUCUGCUGUCUCCCUCAACGGCGCCACGGGACCUCCUAUUUUCCACCGGCGCGGACUCCGGCAGGGGGACCCGCUGUCCCCGCUUCUCUUCAUCAUCGCCAUCAACCGCCUCCAGAAGAUCUUCCAAAUUGCAACUGCUUCGGGUUUUCUCUCCCCCCUUCCGGUGCGCGAGGCAAAUUUCCGUAUGAGCCUCUAUGCGGAUGACGCAAUUUUCUUCUUGAAUCCCGUCGCCGACGAGCUGGACAUGGCCUUUCGCAUCCUCCACUGCUUCGGCUUGGCGACGGGGCUGCAUAUCAACAUCGCCAAAUGCUCCGUGGCCCCAAUCCGCUGUGACACUGUGGACUUGACCUCUGUUUUCGCACCCUUCACGGGUGAGCGAGUGAGCUUCCCCAUCCGCUAUCUAGGACUUCCACUAAGUCUGGGCAGAGUCCGCCACGUCCAUCUGCAGCACAUCUUGGAUCGGGCGAGUUUCCUGAAGGAGUUCGACAAGAUUAGACGCAAUUUCAUCUGGGACAUCGAGGACAACGCGCCCGCGGGAGGAAAGUGCAAGGUCAGCUGGAAGAAGAUCUGCUCUCCGCUGCAACACGGUGGGCUCGGCCUCCCCAACCUUUCCCUCUUCGGCCGCGCACUCCGUCUACGUUGGCUUUGGCUGGAGUGGAGCGACGAGGCUCGGCCCUGGCUCGGCUCUCCUACUCCUUGUGAUGAAGGGGAUCGGGCGCUUUUUCACGCUGCCACUAGGGUCACAAUCGGAGACGGCAAACGUGCCUCCUUUUGGCACUCUUCCUGGCUAGGGACGGCGCCCCUUGAUCAGCAGUUCCCUGCGCUCUACGCUGCCUCUCGCAGGAAGAACAAGACUGUUGCUGCCGCCAUCCACAACAACAGCUGGGUCCUUGACCUUGGCAGGGAUUUUCCCACACAUCUCCUGCAUGAUUUCAUCAGGUUGUGGAGAUUAGUUCAGACGACGAUGCUUCGGCAAAACAUCCCGGAUGCCAUCACCUGGUUGCUCUCCAAAGAUGGCUCCUAUACAGCCAGCUCCGCUUACAAGAUCCAUUUUGAGGGCCAAAUAUGGCAAGGAGUGGCAUCAUGGAGAAAUUCUGGCCCUUUGGCUCCGUCAGUUUGGGCUCUUGAGAAGAGCUUCUCAGCAGUUUGGCACAAGAUCUUGGCAUCGGCGCUGCCAUGUCACAGGAAAGGAACCAAGUCCAUCUUCACCUUGGUUUGCUGGGCCAUUUGGCGCGAACGAAACUCGCGCAUUUUUCAGGGCAAGCUGGCGCCUAAGUCGGCCAUCAUCGCAUGCAUUAGGGACGAAGCUAGAGAGUGGGCGUUUGCUAAUGCCAAAGCUCUUAGAGAGCUCAUGUUUGAUCCUCCUUGA